AUGCUCUGCUGUGAUGGGACGAAACAGCUUGUGGGGAACCAGCAGGAUCUUGGGUUUCAUACCAAGAUGGUUCCUCCUCUCCAGGAAGGAGACCACUCAUGUGAUGGGAUCAGAGAGCAUCAAGGUCAGGAGCCUGUUCUCCAAGGGACCCCCGACUAGAGGCCUCUCCUGGGAGCAGCUGGGCAGAGGCAGAAGAGCCCCAGGACAGAGCAGGUCCUAGAGUGGCUGUUUAUUUCCCAGGAACAGCUAGAAACCACCAAGUCCUGGAAGAUUGUCAGCAAACACCAGAAGCUGAAGAGACAAAGAAGGACCUUCCCAACAGCUUUCAGAGGGAGAAUGGCCUUGCUGACAUCCUCAUUUGGGGAUUCUGGCCUCCAGAAUGGUGAGAUAGAAGGACCCUGUCCAGGACCUCAAAUGACAUCCAGUCAACAUGUCUCUGUAGCCUCCUCUUGGGCUGACAGUUUCUCUGAACUUCCUUGUUCCAGUGACCUCAGUACCAUGGGGAGGACCUGUCAGGCAAGUGACUCACUCAAGAUGGAAAUUCAACCAAGAGAUUUUAUUGGGGAGCUGCCUGAAGGGGAAGAAAAGGAGAGGAAGAGAGCAGAAAAGGAGAGGAAGAGAGCAGAAAGGGAGAGGAAGAAUACAGAAAAGGAGAGGAAGAAAGCAGCAGGGUGAGUCUACAAGCUUCAGCUUAAGAAGGGCUGCUUUGGUGACAUGGUGGGUGCUGAAUGGCAUGGUGACUCAGGAAUGGGUGGUGAUUGGCACAAAACUGAUAUAAUAGAUGCCCUGUAGUCUUUUAUACCAAAUUAAUAUCCAUGCUAUAGCAUCUCAAGCUAAUAUAAUAUCUGCCCUGUAGCCACUAAUGUAAUACCCAUAUGAUUGCAUCUAAAACUGAUAUAAUAGAAGUAGUUGGACACAAUACCUUUAUUUUGUUUAUUUAUUUUUUUAUGUGGUGCUGAAGAUUGAACUCAGGGCCUCACACAUGCUAGACAAGCGCUCUACUGCUGAGCUACAAUCCCAGCCCCUGCCCUGUAUCUUUUAAUACCAAUAUGACAUCCUUAUUAUAGCAUCUUAAAUUAAUAUAAUAGCUACUCUAUGGCCUUGAUUAUGAUAUCCAUAUAAUAUGAUAUCAAUAAUACAGCAUUUAAAAUGGAUAUAAAAUCAGCCCUAUGACCUUUAACCUUAAAUUUAAUAAAAUCUCUAUACUAUGUCUUCUAAAAGUAAUAUAAUAGCUGCCCUGUGAAUUUUGAUACUAUUAUGAUAUCCAUACUAUAGCAUCUAAAGUUAAUAUAAUUUAACUAAAUGCCUAUAGCUCUGGCAUUUAAUAGUAAUAUGAUAUCCGAACUAUAGUACCUAAAAUGACUAUAAUAGCUUAAUACUAAUAGGAUAUACAUAGUAUAGUAUAUAGAACUAAUAUAAUAACUGAAAUUUUGGAUUUAAUACAUUGCUUUUGGUACUAGAAAUUAAAACUAGGGGCAUUUAACUCUAUCCCCUGCCCUUUUUGGAUUUUUUAAAAAUUUAUUUUGAUAUAGGGUCUUGAUAAAUUACUUGGGGACUCACUAAGUGGCUGAGGCUGGUCUUGAACUUGUAAUCCUCCUGCCUUAGCUUCCUAACUCACUGGAAUUAUAGGCAUGUGCCACUGCCUGGCUGGGCUUUAAUACUAAUACAGUGUGUAUACUACAUCAUCUUUUUAAAAAUAUGUAUUUUUUAGUUGUAAUUGGGCACAAUGGCUUUAUUUUAUUUAUUUUUAUGUGGUACUGAGGAUCAAACCCAGUGCCUUGCCCAUGCUAGAUGAGUGCUCUACCACUGAGCCCCAGCCCCAGCCCCACUACAUCAUCUUAAAGUACUGUAGGAGCUGCCUGUGACACUAUUGUUAAUAUUAUAACCAUACUGUGGCCUCUUUAGGUAAUAUUAUAGCUCUCCUGUGGCCUUUCAUAUUAAUACAAUAUCCACAUAUAGCAUCUAAUGCUAAUAUACUAGCUGCCCUAUGGUCUUUAGUAAUAUCAACACUGUGCCCCCUAAAAUUUAAAUGAUAGUUGCCCUGUGGCCUUUUAAUACUAUAUGAAAUCCAUACUAUAGCAUCUAAAAUGAAUAAAAUACUUGCUCUGUGACCUUCAAUUCUUUUAUGAUAUCCAUACUACAGCAUUUAAAACUAAUAAAAUAGAAGCCCUGUGGCCUAUAGUUUUAAUGUAGUAUCCAUACUUUAUCAUUGUAAAUAAUAUAACAGUUGUCCUGUUGUUUUAUUUUAUUUAUUUAUUUUUAUGCAGUGCUGAGGGUUGAACCCAGGGCCCUACACUUGCUAGGAAAGUGCUCUAUCACUGAGCCACAACCUCAGCCCAUGCCCUGUUGUCUUUAAUACUAACGUCAUAUCCAUAGUAUCUAAAACAUAUUACUUAGCUUCCCUGUGACCCUUAAUAUUAAUAUAAUAUCUAUAGUAUAACAUCUGAAAGAAAUAUAAUACAUGCCCUGUGGCUUUUAAUAUUGAUAUAAUAUCCAUCCUAUUGCAUCUUAAGCUAAUAUAAUAACUGCCUGUGGUUUUAAUAUUAUUAUGAUAUACAGAACAGCAUGUAAAAUUAAUAUACUAGCUUCCCUUCGGC